AGUGCGAGGCGAUUGCAGACUGCGAAGCAGAGCCGGCAAGAGAGGGAGGCAGCGGGGCCACAACAUCUGAAAGUUUUAAACCUGUGAUCGCUUCAGGUGAUGCAAAGCAAGCCUGGAGUUCCUUCCAGCAUGUGGAGGGAAAGCCAAAUCGGCAUCAUGGAUCGCUACAGUCUGGGACAGAUUUAACUGCUGCGGCGGGGCGUUCGGCUUCAUUCUUAUAUGGAAAACAUUGCAGUAAAAGGGAGCAAUAAAAGCUGUGGAAGAAUAUAUAUAGAAAGCCAAGAUUGAAAUGCUUUUGGCUUUGAGCUGCACCUUGGGAAGAUACUUAAAGGACUGAGAAGCAAAAGGAGCUCAUCAAGCACCAACCUGGGAGAAAGGUAAGAAUUUGUUGGAAGUUUUUGACAUUUUCAGAAACAACGGCAUAUUUUAGGACAUGGAUUUAUUCUAAUAGACAGGAACUACACUGAUGAAUUAAAUGUAAAACCAAGUAAGCAUUUAUCUUCUCCAUAAUAUCAACAUGGGGGUACAUUAAAGAACAAAACGUAGAACUUUUUCUGCUGUUUUAAGUGGAUGACGGGAGAAUUGGCUGCCUGGGAAAGCGAGGACCUCUGUGAUCGUCUUGCUGUGGAAGUUCUGCUCGUGAUGGGAUUAUUCCAGCUCUGGAGUUUACUGCAGCGGCCCUGCUAACUUCGCACCCUAAAUCUUUCAGCCGUUGUCAUUUCAAAGACUUGUCAUUCUGCUCAGGGGACGAUGCAUGUUGUGCACCGGCCCUGAGCGGCCCCAUCAGACCCUGCGCCUUCGCCUGCGGGACUCAGUGACCAUGCUGGCCGAGCGUCUGACAGCACAGAGAUCAGAGCCACCGCCCACGCUCAGGCCCGCCGCGGCAUCAGCAGCAACAUGUUUCACCCGCUCAAUAACAGUUCAGAUGCAGACGAGGAGCCCGAGGCUCAGCUGAGAUGGGCCGCCCUCCUCAUCGUCAUGGUGAUUAUUCCCACCAUCGGAGGAAACAUUCUGGUUAUUCUGGCCGUGUCGCUGGAGAGAAAGCUGCAAAAUGCCACCAACUACUUCCUGAUGUCGCUUGCCGUCGCCGACCUGCUGGUGGGACUCCUAGUGAUGCCAAUUGCACUCGUCACUAUUCUCUAUAACUCUAGGUGGCCUCUUCCAGAUUUUCUCUGCCCAAUCUGGCUCUUCCUUGAUGUGCUCUUCUCGACAGCGUCCAUUAUGCAUCUCUGUGCCAUCUCACUGGAUCGCUACAUCGCCAUCAAGAAGCCGAUUCAACACAGCCAAUACAAAUCCAGAGCCAAAGCCCUGGCCAAGAUCGCACUCGUUUGGCUCAUAUCCAUUUGUAUUGCAAUCCCAAUCCCGAUAAAAGGGCUGAAGAAUCUUCACGACAAGAAUGUCACCUUCAACAGUAAUCACACAUGCCUGCUGAAACCCAACACUUUCUCAGAGUUCAUCAUCUUUGGCUCCCUGACAGCAUUCUUCAUCCCUUUGACAAUCAUGAUGAUCAUCUACCUUCUCACCGUGCAAGUGUUGCGCAAAAAGGUUUAUUUGCUGCGGUCAAAGGUGACCCAGCGCUUUAGCGCUUCACCGAUCUCCACAGUUUUUCAAAGCGACCCGGCCUUAGCUUCUUCUCAAGCUGAGCAAAUGAACAUGUUGGAUAUCAGACUUCCCAGGCAUCCAGAAAAACCAAAUGCGGAGAUGAUGACCACUCCCACGGAGAAUGAAAUAUCCUUCCGCAGAAUGUCAACAAUGGGCAAGAAGUCAAUGCAGACUCUGAGCAAUGAGCAGCGCGCCUCCAAAGUGCUGGGCAUAGUCUUCCUCCUGUUUGUCGUCAUGUGGUGCCCGUUCUUCAUAACAAACAUCACCUCUGCUCUAUGCUCCAGCUGCGUUGAGAAGGUUAUUUCCCGUCUGAUGGAGAUCUUUGUCUGGGUUGGCUAUGUGUCAUCAGGGAUCAAUCCUCUGGUCUACACACUUUUCAAUAAAACCUUCAGGGAAGCUUUCACGCGCUACAUCACCUGCAACUACAAAAACUGCACGAGAGACAAGCUGGGACGGCAGCUUGGCUCGAAUGCUGCAGACUGGAACCUUACAAGCAUUUCAUUUAAAUCUUCCAUGGCAGAGAACUCAAAACUGUUCAUGAAACGGGGAAUGAAGAACGGCAUUGGACGAGUGAGCUACCAAAGUCCACUCAGGUGCCAGCAGGCUGUGCAGUCACCAGGCGGUGUUCUGCUAAACACAAAUCUUUUGACUGAAAAUGAAGAUUUUAAGCAAGAAGAACAUGUGAGCUGUGUAUGAAUAGUGGUGCAUAUUCAAAUUCAAAGACAAAGGCGUACCCAAGAUAUAUAAAAAAAAAAAAAAAACUAAAAAGAUUGGAGUCUGCACCUAUACGACAAAAGCUACAUUUCCUUGCAAAAGUUUUACAACCCCUUUAACAUUUUGUCAUAGAGUAGUGCAAAAUUAUGAAAUAAAAAAAAAAGGUUUACACAAAUUAAGAUAUAAAAAAGGUCAGGACAUUGACUGGGGCAUCCUAACAAACAUAAUUUGAUAUAAACCUCAGUCUGUAUGUUCAGACAUACUUAAGUUCCUCAGGUUUAUCCUCCAAUUAGUGCCAUCUACUUUCAAAUCCACAUUCUUAUUCCUAAGAAGUUUCCCCAAAGCAUGGUGCUACCACUACCAUGUUUCACCCUGAGGAUGGUGUGUUUGGGGUGAUGUACUGUCUCUGGCAUAAAAAGUUAACAUUCGUCUCAUUUGACCAGAGCGCCUUCUUCCCCCUGGUUGUGUUGUGCCCCCUACAGGCAGUUUGUUGCAAUUGAUUUCAUUUAGGGGUAUCAUUUCUUUCAACUCUACAAUGAUCAAGGUAAUCUUUAUCACAUUAAAAAUCCUCAAAACAGUGCAUUAAAUUUUGAGAAUGUAACUUGACUAAAAAAAUCUCAGGGCUUUGAAAACUUUUGCAAGUCAGUGUUUCUUGUUGCAUCAGCUUUGUAGCGAGCCUUUAAACACAUGUUAUUUUUACCAUGUAAUUUGUUGAUAUACUUGAAGAGAAAGCUUCAGUUUCCAGACAGUAUUCAGAAAAGAGCUGGGAAAAAAAAAGCUACAACUGUUUCACUAAACGAGGAGAAUGUGCUGAAUAGGAACCCAUCUAGGCCAAAAGACGUGACAACCUGGGAAAAACUGAAUGCUGUAUAUAAUAAUAUAUUCCUCUGCUGAUCCUUAAAUUUGGACUGUCUUAAAUGUGCUGUAAAUCCUCUCAGACCACAUGCUUACAUUUUAAAACAAUAUGAAUCUCUUCUGUAAAGGGCAAAUUCUUUGAACUCUUGAUACUUUUUAAAUUUGAGAAUGAUUGGGUCGUUCUCCUGUAUGUGUACUGCAGUCUGCUGGUUUGAAACGUUAAAAAUGGUUUUGGAAAGGCAGUCUGUACAUAUGAACGAACAAAGAGAAAAAAUGGAUUCUGAAUGUUGUUUAAUAAAAAUAAAAAAAAAUACUU